UUGACUUUUGUUGCUUUUUAACCGCUUGAGUUCGUGUUUUGUUGUAUAAUUUGUUUAAUUUCUUUUAUUAUCUUUUGUUAUUGACGUUCGAGUGUGAAUUACCAAGUCAACUUGCAUUUACUUAUAAGUUAACAAUUCAGUUUUUCUAAAUUUUCACAAAUUUCCUUCAAAAUUAACCUUUCUUUACAUGUUCCUGUAGUUCAUCUUUUUGGUUGAUUUUGUUUAAGCAUGACAUUCGAAAGGAAUUAUACUUACGAAGCUUUAAACAGCAUCGGAAGAGGGGCAUAUGGGACUGUGUACAGAGCCAAAGACAAGAAAACCGGCACUGACGUUGCUUUGAAAAAAGUAUACGUACCGUUAAACGAAAAUGGUGUCCCCGUCAACAUGCUCCGAGAAAUAACAUUACUGCGACAAUUGAACGCUUCCGAUCACCCCAACAUUGUUCGCCUACUAGAUGUUUGUUACGGACAACAAGUGGAAAAAGAGCUGCUCAUGUACUUGGUGUUUGAAUUCGUCGAGCAAGAUCUGGCAACGUAUAUCGAAAAGAAUCCGAAAGGAUUCAGUACCGAUCACAUCCGGAACUUAUCCAGGGAGAUUCUGAACGGUGUGGAUUUCUUGCACGGGAAUAGAGUCGUACACAGGGAUUUGAAACCGCAAAAUUUGCUAGUUACCUCCGAUGGGCAUAUUAAAUUGGCUGAUUUCGGUCUAGCUAGGACGUACGAUUGCAGUAUGAAGCUAACUUCUGUUGUGGUUACUUUAUGGUACAGGGCUCCUGAGGUUUUGUUAGGACUGACUUAUGCUACUCCUGUGGAUAUCUGGUCUAUAGGCUGUAUUAUUUAUGAACUGUUCUCGUUGAAACCGUUGUUUUGCGGUACAACCGAAGGUGAUCAACUCAGCAAAAUAUUCAGGAUUAUUGGAAAGCCUUUGGAAGAGGAGUGGCCCGAAGAGACAGUAUCUAUCAAAUGGAGUUCCUUCGAUGUCAUCAAUCAAGUUAAAAUUAAUCACUUAUCACCAAAUAUCGACGAGACUGCUGAAAAUUUAAUAAAGAGGAUGUUGAUUUUCAAUCCCAAAAACAGAGUUACAGCAUCGGACGCUUUGAAUGAUCCAUUUUUCACUGAAGAACCUUUAAAUGUCUAAACUAUUUUUUAAAAUUCCUUUAUAAUUCUAACAAUAAUUAUAUUUUUACACCUUUUUUAUUAAGUUCAUUUACAGGUCAUUAUUUUUAUAAGUUUACAACAUCUCUUUUUUUUAAUAAUACAUACUUUUAAAUGUGCC